AUGAAGUACGACAUAUCAACCAAACGGGUCACGGUUUUGUUAAAAGGCAUUGCUUUUGCAAAUGGAGUUGCCCUAAGCAAAGACCGUUCAUUUUUGCUAGUUGCUGAAACAACCACUCGUAAAAUACUCAGAUUUUGGCUCAAGGGCCCGAAUGCAGGUAAACACGAAACCUUGGCCGUGCUCCCGGGCUUUCCAGACAACAUAAGACGAAGCCCGGAUGGUGACUUUUGGAUUGCCCUGCACUCAAAGGUGGGACUUUUCUCGAAAUGGGCCACUUCUUGGCCGUGGGCCGGGAAAGUGAUUUUGGGGCUGCCUCUCGAUUUUAAGCAGCUGCAUUACUUGUUGGUGGGAGGGAAGCCUCACGCGACUGUGGUUAAGUUAAGCAGUGAAGGUGAAAUUUUACGAGUUUUGGAGGAUAUUGACGGGAAGACUUUGAGGUUCGUUAGCGAGGUGGAGGAAAAAGAUGGGAAGCUAUGGAUUGGUUCGGUAUUGGUGCCUUACGUUGGAAUCUACGCUUUCAUGAGGGUCAUCAUCUCUAUUGGGUUUGGAGUUGUUUUUGUAGCCACAAUUUUGCUCUCCUUUGAUUCCAUUGAUGAUGAAAUUAGGGUUUUCAACAUUACUAAUAAUCAUCAAGAAUUCAAGAAUGGUAGUUUAGUGUCUUUAUUUGGGAAGGAGAUCGACGGUCGAGAUCGUUUGUCGAUUCCACUUCCCGAUGGAGCCUAUGGCCCGGAGAGCCUGGCUUUCGACAUUGGCGGCGGUGGGCCCUACACCGGAGUUUCGGACGGGAGGAUAAUCCGGUGGACGGCCGACGAACUCCGGUGGGUCGAUUUUGCGGUGACAUCAUCUAAAAGGGAUGGUUGUCUAGGCCCGAAAGAUCACACUCAAAUGGAACACAUUUGUGGACGCCCAUUGGGCCUAGGCUUCUACGGGAAGACGGGUGAGCUAUACAUUGCGGACGCGUAUAUGGGCCUCCUUGUCGUGGGCCCUAAUGGUGGACAGGCCAGCCCAGUAUCAAAAUUAGUUGAUGGAGUUGCUUUUGGGUUCACCAAUGCUUUGGAUAUUGAUCAGACUAGUGGAGUUGUGAAUCACGUCUCGGUAAUUAUCAGCAGCGACAAAACAGGGAGAUUGAUGAAAUUCGAACCGAACACGAACAAAACGACUCUCCUGUUAGACAAUCUCAUGUUCCCAAACGGCGUAGCGCUGAGCGAAAACGGGGAUUUCUUACUUUUCGUGGAGACCACAACUUGUAAACUAUUUAAAUUUUGGCUCAAGACACCUAGGAUUGGAGAACUUGAGGUUAUGACACAAUUUCAUGGAUUUCCAGACAACAUAAAGAGGAUCAAAAGUGGUGGUUUUUGGGUGGGAAUCAAUUCAAGGAGAGGGAAACUCUUGGAUUGGAUUAUUUCGAACCCUUGGAUCGGAAAAUUUGUUGUUGAAUGGUCUCCGUUCGAUUGUACUAGGAUACAUUUGUACAUGGCUCGUUUAAUCGGGCAUUUGGGAAUGGGGAUUAGGCUGGAUCGAGACGGGAAUGUGAUCGAUGUGUUGGAUUCGAGUAAGGGAAAGAAAUGGAAAUUGGUUAGUGAAGUUGAGGAGCAUAAUGGGUAUUUGUGGGUAGGGUCUGUGACAAGGUCUUUUGCUCUUAAAGAAAGAAACCAAGAUCAGCAAACUCCUCGCAUCCUCGAAACGGGGUCGUUUAGCCCUUCCAAGUGGGCGCGGAUCCCAUAUGUGAACGACGGGAGACCAUUUUGGCAGUAUAUCGUCAGUUCAUCAACCGGCUGUUCAGACUCUCAGUAUUUUGAGGAGCUUUAUAACUAUUAUACCACUGACAAGGCUUGGCACCUGUGUGAUCCUGAAGCCGAGCAAGUCUUUCAAGCCCUCAGAAAAGCAGGUGUAAAAGUGGCAGUCGUGUCCAACUUCGACACUCGAUUAAGGCCUCUGCUGAGAGCACUUAAAUGCGAUCACUGGUUUGAUGCAGUGGCAGUGUCUGCCGAAGUUGAGGCUGAAAAACCGAAUCCCAUGAUAUUCUUGAAAGCUUGCGAGUUCUUGGGAGUACAACCUGAGGAUGCAGUGCACGUUGGGGAUGACAGAAGGAAUGAUAUAUGGGGUGCUCGAGAUGCCGGGUGUGAUGCCUGGCUUUGGGGUAGUGAUGUAAACUCUUUCAAAGAGGUUGCUCAGAGAAUAGGAGUUGAGGUGUGACAAUGGUUCGUUUGGUAAUUGUGUUUGUUCUGGAGGCUUCUAUGUCCAGAUCACAAUGUAUAUAUUGUUUUUCUUUUCUGCUGUAUGGAGGUGAGAUAGAGAGAUACCUAUGUAGAUGUUAGAAUAAAGAGAGAAACUAAUAGUUUGUGGACUUUAUGGUUAUGUGAUGUUCCAAAGGUUUUCUCCUGCAUGUUUUAUUAGAGAAUAUAGUGUUGCAUAUGUCCUAAAGCAAACUGAGACUUCACUCAAUUGGCAAUAGGCUUUUCUUUUUAAAUUUAAAGGCUUUAUUUGGAUGAUGAAGAUGAUUGGACCAAGAGAACUGACUGUGAUUUUUUUUAAUAUGAAUAUAAGUCAG